GUGCAGUGCGGUUGUGUGUGUGUGUCCUCUUUUCAUUUAAACACCAGGGAACGGGACCCACAGAGGCACAGGAGGUCAAUUAAGAGCAACGGCAACCCUCCGAUCCGGCAAGCAGGUUGGCGGCAGCGAUGGCGGUGGCGGCAGCAGCGGUGGUGAGGUGGACGGCAGGGACGGAGGGGCGGUACAGGCUGCGGACAUCAAGGAGAAAAAGAACGUGCGGAGAAGCAAGGUGGCAUUCAGCAGUGUGAUCCUGGACCUGGUCGGCUUGACGGUGGUGGUGCCUCUGUCUCCUGCUCUCUUUGACUGUUACUCCAAGCACGACUCCAGCGGCUUGUAUUCCUCUGUGCUCUCCUGUGUGACUUGUUACCAGCAUAUCAUCGGCGUCCCUGCGAGGUUCCACUCUGUCUUGUUUGGUGGUAUGUGGGGCCUAAUGAUGAUGAUUCCUGCUUUCAUCCUCAUCGGGGCUAACGAGACCAACCUGGGGCUGUACUCUGGACUGACGCUGUAUGCCAUAGCUGACAUGUGGAGUCCCCCAGGGGACCAAGAUGGGUCCUCUAUGCUUCCUCCUCCUCAUCAACGACGCCCUCACCGACACCCCUCAUCGCUGGAAGUAUGUGGACGACUGCACCGUGGGCGUCCCAGUUUCCACCAAGAACCCGGACUACUCGCCACUGCAAGCAAUUCUGGAGCGACUGCAGACGUGGACAGAGGAGAGCAGGAUGACCAUCAACCACAGCAAAACUGUGGUGAUGCAUUUCUGUACCUCCUCUGUACCAGUGCCCCCUCCCCGGCUCACAGUGGGCCCUCACCCCCUCCAGGUGGUCCAAUGUGCCAAGCUUCUCUGAGUCACGGUGGACGACCAGCUGACCUGGCAGCAGCAUGUCGCCAGCACCGUGAGAUCAGCUACCUACAGCUGUACAUGCUGCGCAGACUCAGGUCGCUGGGGACGCCGACAGAUGAGUUAAGGGGGGUGUACCUCACCUUCAUCCUCCCCAAACUCAUGUACGCCUCCCCAGCGUGGUCCUCCUCCCUCACACACACUCAACAGCUACAGCUAGAGAGUGUGCAGAAAAGGGCGUGCAGGGUCAUCCUUGGCCCUGCAUACACCACCUAUGAAGAAGCCCUGACCACCCUGAGUCUGUCCAGACUAUCCACCAGGCACCGAGAGGCUCUGGAGAAGUUUGGAAGGGGACUGCUGCAUCAUCCACGUCUCAGACACAUGCUGCCGCCUGACGCGCCUCGCAUUGUUAAGUUUUUCCCCACCCCCUAUGUACAUUUUCAGUUUGUUAACUGCCUAAAUAACAAACCGUUUAUUAUUAUUAUUAUUAUUAUUAUUACACACACACACACACACACACACGGGGAAGGGAAGAUCUGCGCAUAACUUACAAAGAGAAAGAAAGAAAGAAAGAGAGAGAGAGAGAGAGAGAGAGAGAGAGAGAGAGAGAGAGAGAGAGAGAGAGAGAGAGAGAGAGAGAGAGAGAGAGAGAGAGAGAGAGAGAGCACCCACGUAAUUCACUCGGUAGUAGUUGGAGUCCCGCUAAGUGUUAUUGACUGGAGUGAGGCAAAGUUUUAAGCUUGGAUUAUUAAACUUAAGUCACACUCACUUCCCACACACUAAAGUCCUGCCGAUAAUUCCUCUCUCUCUCUCUUUUUUUUACUUUAAUGCUUCAACUCCAGAGAGAGAGAGAGAGAGAGAGAGAGAGAG